ACUAGGUGGAACACAACUAAAUGCCCACACAGUCAAGGACAGUUGCAAAUGGACAAACAAGAAGACGGUACAAUCGCGAAAACGGGAUCUCUCAACUCUCACGGUUUUUCUGUCUAAACGUGAUGAUGGAUGUCACCCAGUUCCUCCGAAGCCAGAAGGUCAAGCUAAUAGACAUCCUCAGCGCGGAUGCUGACUUUGUUUUGCAGCACGCAGACUCUUGCUCUCUGCUGUCUUCAGCUGGGUACGAGCAAGUGAAAGCAUGCAGAAUUCCAAGUGAGAAAGUAAGGGAGCUUCUUGAUCAUAUCAUCCAGAGAGGGCCUGUGUCAGCACAGGGUCUGCUGGAGUUGCUGAAGGAGCCAUCGCUGCAAGAAACCUUUCCAAUGCUUUAUGUGUUGAAGGAUCUGCAAAUCAGCUCACUGGCUUCUGACACUCAGAGAAAAAGAAAGUCAGUUCCUGAUAUGCAAGAGGCUAUUACACCCAAACAAAUGCGCAACAAUUGUCCCAUAGUAACAGAGAAGCAGUUGAUGACCAUAGCACGUGCCGUUGGACGAUCUUGGAGGGAAAUCGGCAGACUGGCUUUGGAAAUCCCCAAUGUGAAGCUAGAGCAGAUCGAAGAGGACCAUCCCAGGCUUGUGGAGCGUGUGUUUGCAAUGCUGAACUACUGGAGGACAUGCCAGAGGGAAAAGGCCACCGCCACCUAUCUGCAUGCCCUGCUUAGUCAAAAUGACUGGGCAUUGCCUCCUGAGAGUAUUGACUUUCUGUUGGAGACCAACUCAGGCUAUUCGUAGCAUUUUUUUUUCCCUUU